AUGAUCAGGACACUUCUAGCGGUAUGUCUUAUUCUCGUGUGUGUCAGGCACAGCUCAGGCGCCAGGGAUGCUCAUCGUUUGCAGUCCUGUAGAUCCGCUGGGGGUCAGUGUACCAAGGCUUCGAGUUGUAGUGGACUAGUUUCGGACCAAACUAUUGCCUGUAAAAGGAAUAGCGUAUGCUGUUUAGUGCACUUACCAACAGAAACAGUGGACAUUCCUUCAGAACAAUCGGACUCAAGUCCGAUUGAAUCUGUGGGAGACGAAGACGCUGGUAGUGUGGAACCUGAUGGAAGCGUUUAUCUACCUCAUCCAGGAACAUCCCAAUGCGGAAAGAUCACACUGUACCCUCCCACUGUGGACCCUCGACUCCGUAUAGUGGGCGGUCAGUCGGCCUCAGAAGGCCAGUGGCCUUGGCAGGUGUCAUUCCAUGACGUCACUGGUCAUUUCUGUGGAGGAAGUCUCAUCAGUGACCAAUGGAUCGUGACAGCCGCUCAUUGUCUUCAGAGGCACACGCCAACAGAAGUGACCAUCCACCUAGGGGAACAUCAUCUCGAUUCCAUCUCUGGAAAUGAAAAGAAAUUAACCACUUCUGAGUGGGUAGUUCACCCGGCAUAUGCACCGUCACAACGAGGAACACCAAAUGAUAUUGCCCUCGUCAAACUGGAAGGACCAGUAGAUAUAAGUGGACAUUAUGUGCGGACAACAUGUUUACCGGGGGCAUUGGAUGUUUUUGAUGGAACUGACCACUGCAUUAUCAGUGGCUGGGGCAACUCCAUGGGUACUGGUGACGAGAAAUAUCUUCAACACAUCACAGUGCCCAUCACUCCAACACAAGCCUGUAAUGAGAGCUGGAAUGGUGUCAUAAAUGACAGACACGUCUGUGUAGGGCAUGGAGAUGUCGGCGCGUGCAGUGGCGAUUCCGGGGGACCUCUUGUCUGCCUCCGUGAUGGACUUUAUGUUCUGGCCGGUGUGACGUCAUGGGGGUCAUUCUCGUGCCAACAUUUCGGAUACCCAAACAUCUACACCCGUGUGACAUCUUACCUUGAGUGGAUAAAGUCUGUAGUGGAGUAA